AUGGACAGAACUUGUACACCGGCAAGUGGUGGUCAGAAUCCUAUUCCUGCGCUUGCUUCUGGGAACACCAUCCGAGGUAGAGGCAGGAGACAAGCUCAAGGUCGCGGUAGGGGCCGUAUUGCGACACUUGUGGAAGAGGAUAUUCAUGGAGAUGUGCAAGAUCGUGUCGAUGGGGAUGAGCCGGCUCAGGAUCCACCCAGUACUAUUGUCACCCCAGUUCUUCAAGAUAUCUUGGCUCGUAUGUUAGGACUCCUAGAGGGGAUGGCUCACGCAGGAGCUUUGCCUGUCACUUCUGAUGGCUCACAGACCCGUGUCGAAGGUCAGACUCCAGAUCUGAUAGUUGCUCCAAAUUCUCAGACUCCCAGGACUCAGCCAGCUGCUGCUGUAGCUCCUCGUUUGGAUAGUAUGGAGUUUUCAGAUAUUGCAUCACAUUUGGCGAACAAACCUUCUAUGACCGUUGAUGAGCAAAAGAUGUUUGGGAGGUUCAGACUAAUGAAUCAUCCUACUUAUACUGGUGAGUUAACUGAAGAUGCAUAUGAAUUUAUAGUUAGUUUUCAUGAGAGGUUGCAUAAUCUAGGAUUAGUGGAGUUUCAUGGAGUUGACCACAUAGUGUUUCAGAUGACUGGCUCCGCCAAGCAGUGGUGGAGGGAUUAUAUUAGUAGUAGGCCAACUCGAUCUCCUCCACUGUCCUGGACUCAGUUUACUCAGGUAUUUCUAUCAAAAUUUGCUCCACGCAGUGAGAGGGAGCGCAAGAGAGACGAGUUUGAGGGUUUGCAGCAAGGUGGUAUGUUAGUUGUAGAGUAUGAGGGUAAAUUUCAUGUCUUGGCUAGUCAUGCUUCGAUGAUACUUACUACAGAGGCUGAGAGAGUGAGGAGGUUUGUUAAGGGGCUGAUUAUUCCGAUUUGUCUAGGAGUUUCUCAAGUUGCUGCUUCUGGUGUUCCGUUCCAGAAAGUGGUGGAUGCUGCUAAGGAGUUGGAGAUGAUUCGACGUGAGGUAUUUGAGCAGCGUGAGGGCAAGAAGACCCAUUAUUCAGGUGAUUUUGGUGGUGCUCUGCCUAGGAGUCGAGGUUAUGUAGGGAGAGGUUAUCCGAUCUCAGUCCAGCAGACCCAUUCAUGCUGCUAUACCUGCGUCUGA